AUGGAGGCCAUCAAAAAGAAGAUGCUCAUGCUAAAGUUGGACAAGGAGAAUGCACUGGACCAGGCUGAACAAGCUGAAGCAGACAAGAAAGCAGCCGAAGACAGAAGCAAGCAGCAUGAAGACGAAAUUCUGCAAAUGCAAAAGAAGCUAAAGGGGACAGAGGAUGAGCUGGAUAAAUACUCGGAGGCCCUGAAGGAUGCUCAGGAGAAGCUUGAGGUGGCUGACAAGAAGGCUGCUGAUGCUGAAGCAGAAGUGGCUUCCCUGAACAGACGUAUCCAGCUGGUGGAGGAGGAGUUGGACCGAGCUCAGGAGAGACUGGCAACGGCUCUGCAGAAGCUGGAGGAGGCGGAGAAGGCUGCUGAUGAGAGCGAGAGAGGUAUGAAGGUGAUUGAGAACAGGGCUCAGAAGGAUGAAGAGAAGAUGGAGCUUCAGGAGAUUCAGCUCAAGGAGGCCAAACACAUCGCAGAGGAGGCUGACCGCAAGUAUGAGGAGGUGGCUCGUAAGCUGGUGAUUGUUGAAGGAGAGCUGGAGCGAACCGAGGAGAGGGCAGAGCUGGCUGAGGCUAAAUGUGCUGAGCUGGAGGAGGAACUGAAGAACGUCACCAAUAACUUGAAGUCUCUGGAGGCCCAGGCUGAGAAGUACUCUCAAAAGGAGGACAAGUAUGAGGAAGAGAUAAAGAUCUUGACUGACAAGCUGAAAGAGGCUGAGACCCGGGCCGAGUUUGCUGAGAGAUCUGUGGCAAAGCUUGAGAAGACCAUUGAUGAUCUGGAAGAUGAGCUUUAUGCACAGAAACUCAAGUACAAAGCCAUCAGCGAAGAACUGGACCAUGCCCUCAAUGACAUGACAUCAAUGUAA